GUCUUCUCAAAGAAAGAUGUCUUUCUUUUUUGGAGUUUUACAAAAAUCACUGUGAAUUUUUAAAGUAUACUUGGUUGUGUUCUUUAAAAUUAAAAAAUUAACUUUAGAGAAUUAUCAUUUCGAAAACGCAGAAAUAAAAUAAAAUUCUGCAGAUGUCUAUUUUAAAAAAUUCUCAAACAAACACAACUUAAAACUCCGUCAACAUUCCAAGAGCCCCUACAUGCAAGUCGGACCUAAAAAACUCUUUGCACGUGCGAGGAGGUAAAGCGUGCGAACCUGAUUAAUAAUAACAGGAACGAAGGGCAAUAGUGUAUAUACUGUAUACAUAGACGGAAUCGUCAAUCCAGCAUCACAGAGAAAGAAGAAAAAUCCCUAAAUGGCGACGGCGAUGUUCAGAUCUAGUAUUCGCUCCGCCCUCCGCGGCGGCGCAUCUCGUGUAACGCCGGCAUCAAAGAGGACUUUCGCUUCCCACGCCUCCGUAGAAGAAGAGGCCCGGGAAGCUGCUAAAUGGGAGAAAAUCACUUACGUUGCAAUAAUAACCAGCACUAUUCUUGCGGUGGUUAAUCUCGCCAAGGGUCAUUCUCAUAGUGAAGAGCCUCCUGCUUACCCAUACUUGCACAUUCGCAACAAGGAGUUUCCAUGGGGUCCAGAUGGCCUUUUUGAGUCCAAGCACCACUGAAACUGCAUGGUUUCUCUGUGAAGGCAUUAAAAUAAUUCCUGUCCAUCUGCAAGUAUCAUCAUAAUAUUGUGGUGUGAAAGCUUUUGAAUUUUCAUGAGAUGUCUUCUAUUGGUUCUUUUCAGUACAAGAAACUGUUGUCCUUACUUUGACGUAUCUGUAUUUUGCACUAUGCUCUUGCUUCUUACAAAGUGCUUUUUAAAGAAUAAGUAUUGAGGGAUGAUUAAGUCAUUCCAGUCAUUCUUUUCAA